AUGAGUACGGACGCAGAGAUGGCCAUUUAUGGCAAAGCUGCCAUUUACCUCCGUAAGCCAGAGAAGGAGAGAAUUGAGGCUCAGAACAAACCGUUUGAUGCCAAGACGGCCUGCUAUGUGGUCGAUCCCAAAGAGCUGUACUUGAAAGCAACAAUCAUCAAGAAAGAUGGUGGCAAAGUCACUGUCAAAGUCCUGGACACUCAGGAGGAGAGGACAGUUAAAGAAGAUGACGUCACUCCAAUGAAUCCUCCCAAGUUCGACAAAAUUGAGGACAUGGCCAUGAUGACCCAUCUCAAUGAAGCCUCUGUCCUGUAUAAUCUCAAAGAGCGUUAUGCAGCAUGGAUGAUCUAUACCUACUCUGGGUUGUUCUGUGCCACUGUGAACCCCUACAAGUGGCUCCCAGUGUAUGAUUCUGAAGUUGUAAGUGCCUAUAGAGGCAAGAAGCGUAUGGAGGCUCCACCCCACAUCUUCUCCGUCUCUGACAACGCUUAUCAGAACAUGCUUACAGACAGAGAGAACCAGUCUGUCUUGAUCACUGGAGAAUCUGGUGCUGGAAAGACUGUGAACACCAAGCGUGUCAUCCAGUACUUUGCCACAAUCUCAGUUGGGGGAGACAAGAAGAAGGAGUCAUCAGGCAAGAUACAGGGGUCACUGGAGGAUCAGAUUAUUGCAGCCAAUCCCCUGCUGGAGGCCUAUGGUAAUGCCAAAACUGUGAGGAAUGACAACUCUUCUCGUUUUGGUAAAUUCAUCAGAAUCCACUUUGGCACAACUGGCAAACUGGCUAGUGCUGAUAUUGAGACAUAUCUGCUGGAGAAGUCAAGAGUGACAUUCCAGCUUCCUGAUGAGAGAGGCUACCACAUCUUCUACCAGAUUAUGACAAACCACAAACCUGAGCUGAUUGAAAUGUCAUUGAUCACAACCAACCCCUACGACUUCCCCAUGAUCAGCCAGGGUCAGAUAACUGUGGCCAGCAUUGAUGACAAAGUUGAACUGGAAGCUACUGAUAAUGCUAUUGAUAUCCUGGGCUUCACUGGUGAGGAGAAGAUGAAUAUCAUCCAAUAG